AUACAGUGAAGUCUGCCACCCUAUAGUGCUGCACUCUGCCACAAUAUAGAGUGAUGAGUCAAAGCUUUCAGCACAAGCCAUGUGGAAAUACUACGGCUGUGCGAUGUAUAAAAAGGGAAAAGGGUCGAUGUUGAAGCAGUGCAUCUGAAAUUAGCUCACAAAGAUCAUGGCCAUGGGGAGGAUCAUAUUCUAUGAGGACCGGAACUUCCAGGGUCGCUCCUACGAGACCAGCAGUGACUGCCCCGAGCUCACCUCCUACCUGAGCAGGUGUAACUCCUGCAGGGUGGAGAGUGGCCUCUUCAUGGUCUACGAGAAGCCCAAUUUCAUGGGCCAUCAGAUGCUGGUGAGGAGGGGCGAAUACCCAGACAACCAGCGCCUGAUGGGAAUGAGUAUGAGUGACUGCAUCAGGUCCAGUCGCAUGAUCCCCAUGCACAGGGGACCCUUCCGAAUGAGGAUCUAUGAAAAGGAGAACUUCGGAGGCCAGAUGCACGAGCUGACGGACGACUGUGACAACAUGAUGGAUCGUUUCCGGAUGUCUGACUGCCAGUCCUGCAACGUGAUAGACGGCCACUGGCUGAUGUUCGAGCAGCCCAACUACAGAGGCAAGAUGCUGUACCUGAGGCCAGGAGAGUACAGGAACCUCAGGGAGAUGGCGAUGAGCAACAUGACGAGGUUCAGCUCCAUCCGGCGCAUCAUGGACUCCUGUUAACUCCACAUGUACUGGGAGGAAAAAUAAAACAUGCUGAAAUCCAA